GCGGUGACGCUGGGGCCUCACGUGACCAGGAGCUGCAGAGCUACGCAGUUUACGGAGCCGCCGUCACUCCAGUGUGGGUACCAGGUCUCCGCUGCCCUGCGCGGCGGGCUGGCAUCUGGCCCGGGCAAGCCGAGCAGUAGUUUGGUGUGACACUGUGGCGAGGCAUGGGACCCAGGAGAGGAGGAAACGGCACAGGAAUUGUGGAGGUCUUCCCAUAGGCCUACAGUAGGGCUGUUUGCCACUGGAAACAAGGGAAAGGGGGAGACUGGACUGGACCGGUGGAGGUUGGUGUGAAGAUCUGCCUGCAGGUCUGCUGCAGGGUUUGAGAUCACUGGAAGCAAAGAAACAAGGAGGAAAUUGCCCCUGAUCAGUAUAGACUGGGUGUAUCACCAAUCAAGAAAAGGAGAGAGGAGGGAACUGCUUCUGAUCAUUACAGGUGUUGAUCCCAAGAGCAAUCCAUAAUAAAAGUUCUCCAUGUUGAACUCUGUCUGAGUCUGCCCUCCAGGAAGCCAACCUACAAUUGUUGGUAGAAGAAGUGGUUCAGGAAAGCAUACACUGUGAUGAAAUUUUGGAGAUGGAUCACCUGAUGCCCAGCUGGCAACAAAGACCCCAACACUGGUGGCCCUUGAAUUCCGAAAAGCUGGUGUUGGGGCUCUCCAAAGUGCAGUUGUGUCUGCCCAGCUAUCCCUCUGCCGUGUUGCGCCUGUGCUUCUGUGAAUCUUCCUCUCGAAGACCACUCCAGAGAUAAGAAGAAUAGGAAAAUUGUCUGGAAACAGGUCUACUAUACAAAGUGAUUUCCUGCUAAGAAAGAGAAGAAACUCCUGGAUUUGGAAGGGUGUACAUGAAACUGCUACUACCCACAGGUCCCAUCGUAUUUGCAGCUACGGCAGAGUCUACUAGCUUUUGUUGAAGACUCCACCCUGACGUAGGAGCAUUCCUCUUGGUCAGAGAAAGCCCUCGCUGUCCAGGAUUCAGGCAUUUGCCACAGCAUGGGCCGUACACGGGAAGCUGGCUGUGUGGCUGCUGGCAUGGUAAUAGGGGCUGGUGCCUGCUACUGUGUGUACAGACUGACCUGGGGAAGAGAUGAGAAUGAUAAACUCUGGGAGGACAAUGAUGAUGAAGAGGAGAAAGCGGAGGAGUUUAGUGAUACAACAGAGACUAGGGGUGAAACUGGGAAAGGAGCUAAUGCAGGGGCAGCAGCUGGAGCCAGACUUCAGAAUGACUCAAAGGUCAAGGUUGAGGUGACUGUGGGAACUGAGAGUGCUCCACAUGUAAAGGUGGAGGCCCAACCAAAGGUACAAAGUGGAGGAGGCCUAGAGGCAAAGGCCAAGGCCCUGUUCAGCACCCUGAAGGAACAGGCAAGUGCAAAGGCUGGCAGAGGAGGCAGGUUGGGUAACAUAUCUGGGAACAGGACCCUGGCACCAAGUUUACCCUUCCCAGGAGGCAGAGGUGGAAGCUGUCACCCCACCAAAAAUGGUGCUAGGGCUGGAGGCAGGACAAGUGGAAAACCCAAGGGAAGGGCCCGAGGUAAGAGCACCAGGACUCCAUCUACAUCAUGGCCCGUUCGCAGGGGCAAAUUCAACUUUCCUUAUAAAAUUGAUGACAUUCUGGGUGCUACUGACCUUCAAAGGGUCCUCAACAUUCUGGAAAGAACAAAUGACCCUUUUAUUCAAGAAGUAGCCUUGGUCACUCUGGGCAAUAAUGCAGCAUAUUCAUUUAACCAAAACGCUAUUCGUGAAUUAGGUGGUCUGCCAAUUAUUGCAAAAAUGAUAAAAACGAAAGAUCCCAUUAUUAGGGAAAAGGCUUACAAUGCCCUUAAUAACUUGAGUGUGAAUGCUGAAAAUCAGGGUAAGAUUAAGGCAUACAUCAGUCAAGUGUGUGAUGACACUAUGAUAUGUCGUGUGGACUCAGCUGUGCAGAUGGCCGGACUGAGACUAUUAACCAACAUGACUGUGACUAAUCACUACCAACACUUGCUUUCCUAUUCUUUCCCAGACUUUUUUGCUUUGCUCUUUUUAGGAAAUUACUUCACCAAAAUUCAGACUAUGAAACUAAUUAUAAACUUUACUGAAAACCCAGCCAUGACAAAAGAGCUGGUCAGUUGCAAAGUACCAUCAGAACUGAUUUCCCUAUUUAAUAAGGAAUGGGACAGAGAGAUUCUUCUUAAUAUCCUCACCAUCUUUGAGAAUGUAAAUGACAACAUCAACAGUGAAGGGCUUGCAUCAUCCAGAAAAGAAUUCAGCAGAAGUUCACUUUUUUUCUUAUUCAAAGAAUCUGGAGUGUGUGUUAAGAAAAUCAAAGCAUUAGCAAAUCACAGUGAUCUAGUGGUGAAAGUGAAAGUCCUAAAGGUUUUGACCAAACUCUGAUUGGAGAUUUGUUACAAAACAAUACUGAGGUGAUUUUUUUAGUUCAUAACUGGAAAUGGUGAAUUUUGUAUUUGUUUAUUUUUCACUGGGUUUCUAUGACAAAGAACUCAUUUCGAUGGCUGUUUUGGAAUAAUAAAUAUCAUAGAUCACUAACAGCAGUGCUAGUUAUGAUUAAGCAAGGCCAUUUUAAGAUUGCCAAAUGAAUAUUAAAGCUUAUACAAAGAAAACAUUGAUUUUUCCUUCUUGCUAUAUAGAUUGAGAUAUUUUCUCAUUAUUCUACCAAAACUUAAAGAGAGCAAAUCAUGAACAUAUUGUAUUUCUGUAUUUGUUACACUGCUUUAUCUGAAAUUCGUGUUUCAUCAAUAAAAUGGUGUUUUAAUCAACAAAUAAAAAUAAAUUUUAUCGUAAUCAUGA